AUGCAUGAGCCAGAAGACGAGGCCGGCGAGACGGUGAAGAUACCCUGGAACUAUAGUUCAAGCAUGCGAAAUCCCGGGGAUAUUUGGCAGGGCGAGUCGGUGUGGACCUCGAAUGUGGCUGCAGCUGCAAAUCAUGACGAGCUCUGGUCACCCUUUUGGCCUUUGUCGCAGCAGGGGAGGACAGGAAGUGGCACAUGGAGUGAGGCUGAGAGGAAGGCAGACUUGCCUAACGGAAGAAAGAAUGAGUUCCCAGCUUCCUUCAGCAAGACGGCAACGACGCUAAAGCCGGAAAUAGCCAAGAUCGGAAGUAUGGACUUGAGAUGCUGCGCCUCGGAGAGCCGGUUACUUUAA